AACUGAAAGAAGAUUUUGCUGCGGAAAAAACUCUUUCUGUAAAUAGCAAAGAAGAAAGCGAAGACAAACAAAUAGCCGUAAAUACUUUAGAAGACCCUAAUAAUGAAUACCGGGCCAUUUUUGCCGUGGAUAAACUUAACGAGGGCUGGGAUGUGCUUAAUCUUUUUGAUAUUGUUCGUUUAUAUGACACUCGGGAUGCUAAUAAUAAUAUUCCGGGACCAACAACCAUUAAAGAAGCCCAGUUAAUCGGACGCGGAGCGAGAUACUGCCCCUUUAAAAUUAAUGAUAGUGAGGACCCUUCUAAACGAAAAUUUGACUGUGACCUUCAAAAUGAAAUGCGAAUUUGUGAGGAAUUAUACUAUCACA